AUGGCCUUUCGGCUACUUUCAUAUAAAAUAACGGGCGGCGGGGCGGGCGUGCGGCGGGGGGUGCGCGCGAGUCCUCACCUUCCUGCGCCAGCGCCGACCAAUCGCGCGGGGCCCAAACGGCAGGAUGCAGACGUAUUUUUAGUCGGAAACGUGGUCAGGAACAACGUAAACACGCGGGGCUUGCUGUGCCGUAAUCGCCCGCCCUGCCCUCCGCCGCCGGUGGACGCUGUGCCAUUUAACAAGAAUGCUCGGGUUAAUACCGUUCCUCGUAUAGCCGCUUUUGAUUUACAUUUACGGACGGAGCUUUGU